AUUGUGAACAUAACCACAACAUUAAAUGGCAGCCUUAGAGCCCAAAAACACAAAAGCUCAAGAUAAAACGGAAGAUGAAACAUGGUUUGUUUGGCCGAUGUAUCUCUAUCAAGGUUUAUGGUGCCUAAAUUAUAUUCUUGAGGGUGUAAUCGCAUUUAGAACCCACUUUCAAGCUUAUGAUUCUGAUAUUAUCUUAGCUAGCCUACCCAAAACCGGUACAACAUGGCUAAAAUCCCUUAUUUUUGCCAUAGUAAAUCGUAAGAAUUUAUCUAAUGAUCUUACUCAAUACCCAUUUCACACCAAAAAUCCGCAUGAACUCAUCUCACAUUUAGAAACAAAAGUUUACCUAAAAGUCAAUGAAAAACUACCAGAUUUGUCUAAAAUACCUUCACCUCGACUCUUUGCUACUCACAUGCCGUGUUACUCACUGCCAGAUUCAAUCAAGACUACAAAAUGUAGGAUUGUUUGUGUUUGUCGAAAUCCUUUAGACACUUUUGUUUCGAUAUGGCAUUUUUUCCAAGAGUUUGAGGCAUGUAAGGGGAUCAAACCCGAUAUGGAAAUGAUGGAGAAAUACGUAGAUAAGUUUUGCUCGGGUGUUUCCCCAUGGGGGCCUUACGAAAAUCAUGUGUUGAGCUACUGGAAGGAGAGCAAACAAAAUCCAAAAAAGGUGUUAUUCUUGGAAUACGAAGGGUUGAAGAAGGAACCAAGAGAUCAUUUGAAAAGGUUGGUGGAGUUUGUGGGUUGUCCGUUUUCGGAGGAGGAAGAGAAAGGAAAGGUUGUAGAUGAGAUAACAGAGGUAUGUAGCUUUAAAAGUUUGAAAGAGAUGGAGGUCAACAAGAGUGGUAAGGUUAUAUUUGGAUUUGAGAACAAGGCUUUAUUUAGAAAAGGCGAGGUUGGAGAUUGGACCAAUUACUUGACUCCUAUGAUGGCGAAACAAUUUGAUCAAAUGCUAGAAAAGCUUAAGACAGCUGGGUUUUCUUUUGAAUAUUAUCAAAUGAACUCAUCAUAAUUCAGAAGUCCACAAAAUCAAGCUAUUGACCAGAUCAAAUUAGUGAUCUUGUUUUAAUUACUCAAGCAAGAUCUUCCCAAGGGUGGCUGAUGUCUUCUUUAGUUCAUCUGUUUGAAGUUAUUUGAAAAAGCUUAUGUAUUGCUAUUUUCCUAUUAUUGCAAUCUACUUCAAUUCAGUUUUUUCCAAAAGGUCAGUGAAUAUAUACAAGGAUACGAGUUGGACGUACACUUGGCCUGGGUAGAGAUCACUAUUUCAAAUAGGCUGGGGUGAUAAUGAGUCUGAAUUGUUCACGAUUGUUAAAGCUCAACUCGUUCAAAACUCAGUCAAACAUCAAUUCAGUAAAGCCGCUUUUGGCUCGACUUUGGGUUUGGCUUGAGACACCCUUGUGAGCAAAUCGAAACUCAACUCCAGACCUCGUGAA